AUGAUCAGUGAGAAAGUGUGGAGGGGAAAAGGUGUUUUUCUGUCUUGUCAAUCAAUCAGAGCUUCUGGCCUUCAAUCUUCAAACGGUAACAAUCGCGUCCGGCAUCCCCGACUAAAUUCCGACCAGCCAACGCCCCGACCCCGCCAGCAGCGUCUGGGAGAGGGCCUGUCCAUGGUAAUUAUAGAAGACCCAGUGGCAUUGCGAGAGAAUUUAGGCAUAGUUUCCCAGAAUCGGACUCAAGAAACCAAACCUUUAGGCCUCUUGGAGGUGUGGACCCCGGGAGCCCCACUUGUCAGUGGUGAAGUCGAGGGAUCAAUUUCCCUUUUUGUGGAUUGCAUCCCAUUUGAUUUGACUCCUAGCUGGCUUAUAACCUUCUUCGAAGGAGUAGGACGGGUUGAUGAUGUCUUCUUAUCUAAAAAUGCCAGGAAUUUCACCAAAGACGCUUUUGGGUUUGUUAGAUUCAGAAGACUACAGGAUGCUAGAAGAGCCAUCGAAACCUUAGAUGGAUUCGAAGUGCGAGGGAGACGACUUAAUGCCUCGAUGGCAAGAUACCAGAUUGGAGGCUCGAGAUUCGAAAACAAACCUGUACGACAGGGUGCUGGGUACAGAAGGAUUGUGAACCCAUCUUUCAGAGACCAUCGCAAGUAUGCUGAAGUGCUUAAGGACAAUCAACUGCUGGUGCCAGAUGAAAACAGAAACAAUAAUAUUAUCCCUAUCUAUUUUACACUAAAUUCCUCAGAGAAUAAAGAGGUAGUGCAGAUGCUAGAUCAUGCCGUUAUCGCUGAGAAUUCAGGGGUCAUUCACAUUGCUCAAUCGACAUCUGAAGUGGCUGCCAUCUCAAAGUCAAUCAAGGGUAUGUUCUCUCUUUCCCCCCCACCAAACUUCUGA